AUGUCAAAAUCACAGUCUGCUCCAUCUUUCGAAAAUCAGUUUCGGCAUGCUCUACAGGCAACAAAAUUUCUCAUAAACGAUUCUGAGAGCUGGUGGUUUGCAGGCGGAAGUCAAACGAACAUAACUUUGUUGUAUACGGACUCGAACAAAGAGACAGAAUCUCGAGCGCUCACGUCGUUCCUCGUACCGGAUUUCACCGAUCAGUGGACCAAAUUUGCGUUGGAAGUUCACGACGACAACGUUGUGCUCUACUUCAGAUGCACACGAUUCGCGACUCGACAGGUGAAGCGGAAACCCUCGCAACUGAUUAUGGAUGAUGCUCAUAAAUUGUAUAUCGCGAGCGCUGGACCGAUACUGAAAGGAGAAUUCGAGGUUAGUCAUUCCAUUGAACAUGUUUCUGAAAUUUUUUUUUGCAAUUCGAGAUUUUGUUUUCCUCAACGUGCUAUUCAACGGUGA